AUGUGUGAUAUUGCCACUUUAUUCAAUACACAGACCAACGCAGAUCUGUGCUGUUUCGAGCAAGUGGAAUGUGCCAACUACCUUUGUGGUGAACAGGGGGUAACCGUCGAAAAUGGGAAUGGGACCAACUACUGUUAUUUAGAUCAAGGUAGAGCUUCGGAAAAUUACGAUGAAGCUCCAAGUGGUGUUUGCGGUGGAAAUAUGGCAUGUGCACUCAGAGCACUAUCUACCGAACCUUCCGUUAUUGUAAACCAAGAAUUACUCCCUACCUCUUACUCUUCGGCUUCCCCAUCCGCCUCAGCUUCGUCGACUACUUCCUCUCUAUCUUCGAGUGCAACUCCUGUCCUCAAUCAGGGUAUGAUGGGUAUCUGGGUUGUCGCUGUCUUGUCCCUCGCGGUUUUCGGUAAAAAGCUCCAUAUGUAA